GGAGGGGGGCACAGACAGGGGGUCCCGGCGGGGGCACACAGGGAUCACUGUCGGGUGGCCCCUUGGGAGUGUCCCCCUGGGGGUGUCCCCCUGGGGCGAGGGGUGUUUAGGGGCACCCACUCCCGGGAUCCCUGCGGGUGCAAUGGGGGACCAGGCCAGGGGGACCUUGGGAGGAGCCCGGGGGGCUGCACAGGGGGUGCAGGGGGCCCUCGGGGUGGGGUCGGGGUGGGGUGUGUGCCCCCCGCCCCAAGCGGGAAACCCACCGUGGCUCAACCCUUGCCCGGAGCAGAAGGACCCCCGGGAUCACCCGGGGCCGAGUUGGAGCUGAGGGACCCCCGGGACCCCCGUCUGCAGCAUGGCGCAGUGGCAGGAGGUGCAGGGCUUGGCCAACACGUACCUGGAGCAGGUGCACCAGCUCUACGCGGGCUCGGAGCUGCCCAUGGCCGUGCGCCAGUGCUUGGCCGCCUGGAUCGAGGACCAGAACUGGCGCCAGGCGGCCGAGCCGUUCUCCUCCCACGCCCGGAUGCUCUUCCACUCCUUGCUGGCGCUCCUGUCGGACCGAAUGGGCAGCCUGGGCACGAGCCACGAGGAUUUCAUGCUCAAGCACAACCUGCGCAAGGCCCACCGGGACCUCCAGGCCGAGUUCGAGGAGGAUCCGGAGAAAUUCGCCAACCUGGUGGCCAACCUGCUGCAGGAGGAGCAGCGGAUCCUGCGCCUGGGGCUGGCGGGGGGGCAGGGGGGGUCGUCCCCGGCGCCCACCGUGCCCCCGGAGCGGGGCCGGGAGCAGCAGAUCCAGCGGCGCUUGGCCGAGUUCCACACGGCCCUGCAGCCCUCCCACCCGCCCACAGGUCAGGAGAGGAGCAGGGACCCCCAGUACGCCCGGCAGCUCCAAGCCCUCCAGGCCAAGCUGCAGAACCUGGACCAGCAGCGGCGGGAGGUGCUGGCUCAGAUGCAGCAGCUCUUGGGGCGCAGCGAGACCCUGCGGGAGCUGCUGCAGCAGGAGUUGGGGGACUGGCGGCAGCGGCAGCAGCGCUCGUGCCUGGGGGCCCCCACGGACACCAACCUGCGCCCGCUGGAGACCUGGUUCACGGGGCUGGGCCAGGGGCUGUUCCAGCUGCGGCAGCUGCUCCGGGCGCUCAGCGACCUGCGGCAGAAGGUGACCUACGAGAGGGACCCGCUGGUGGCAGAGACCCCCCUCCUGGAGCAGCGGCUGCAGGAGCAGCUCACGCACCUGCUGAAGAGCGCCUUCGUGGUGGAGCAGCAGCCCAGCACCCCCAACCCCUUCAAGCGCCCGCUCGUGCUCCGCACCGGCAGCAAGUUCUCGGCCCGCGCCCGUCUGCUCGUGAGGCUGCACGACCGCAACCACCGCAUGGGCUGCGCCAUCCACAUCGACAGGGACCCCCCCAAGCUCAAAGGGUUUCGCAAGUUCAACAUCCUGACGUCGAGCAGCAAAACGCUCCUGGCCGGGGACAGUCCCCAGGAGGGGCUGGUCUGCGACUUCCAGUACCUCACGCUGAAGGAGCAGAAGGACAGCAGGUCUGGCAAGGGCAGCAAAGGCGCCGGCGAGAGUCCCCUGGUCGUGACAGAGGAGCUGCACCUCAUCACCUUCAUGCUGGCCUACGCCUACUGCGGGCUGGAGCUGGAGCUGAAGACCUCCACGCUGCCCUUCGUCAUCAUCUCCAACAACAACCAGUUCUCCAGCGCCUGGGCCUCCAUCCUCUGGUUCAACAUGCUCAGCUCUGACCCCAAGGACCAAAAUAUUUUCUCGGCACCGCCCCCGGCCCCGUGGCCCCGUCUGGCCGAGGUGCUGAGCUGGCAGUUUGAGAGCGUGGCAGAGAGGGGGCUGAGCCGGGACCACCUCCUCAUGCUGGCCGAGAAGCUCUUUGGCUCGAAGCCAUCACCAGAGAGCACCGUGGCCUGGCCCAAGUUCUCCAAGGACGGCGCCGGCUUCUCCUUCUGGGCUUGGCUGGACGGGAUCCUGGGGCUGCUCCAGGAGCACCUCAAGCCGCUCUGGAAGGACGGACUCAUCCUGGGCUUCGUGAGCCGGAAACAAGAGAGGAAACUGCUCAAGUCGAAGAGGACGGGGACGUUCCUGAUCCGGUUCAGCGAGAGCGUCCUGGGGGGGGUCACCUUCACCUGGGUGGAGCAUCCCGAGAGCGGACCCCCCACUUUCGACUCGGUGGAUCCGUACACGGGGGCCGAGCUGGCGUCCCUGGCACUGCCCGACAUCAUCCGUGGGUACCACAUCAUGAUGGAGGAGAACGUUCCAGAGAACCCCCUGCAGUUCCUGUACCCCGACACCCCCCGAGACAAGGCCUUCGGGCCCUACUACAGCCGGCAGCAGGAGGGGAACCUGACAGAGCCGGAGAAGUACCUGAGGCGGCGCCUCAUCCGUGUGUCCUCCAGGCAGGCAAACAAGUCGUGGCAGACGGAAGAGGAGCUGGUGGUUGCCACUGAAAACCUGGAGACGCUGCAGCUGCAGCCCGGAGGAGGGCAGGGCACACAGUGGGAGGGUGGCCUGGCACUGCCAGAGUCCCAGAGCCCAGGGGCACCACAGGCCAAGCCAGAGAACCUGGGGACGCCUCAGGGAGUGGCCGUGAGCCCAGGGAAGCUGCAGGUGGUGGCCACGAGCCCGGGGAUGCUGCAGCCCGGGGGCUUGGGGACGCUGCAGGCGGGGUCCCAACACCUGGAGCCACCACAGCCACCACAGGUGGGAUCAGAGGUCUCAGAGGUGGUGGUGCAGGUGGUCCCCAACAUCCAGGACACGCUGCAAGAGGCACUAAGGGCUGUGGGGACCAUACAGGUGCUGCCCGGGGGGGUGGGGAUGCUGCAGGUGGGACCAGGGGACUUGGGGACGCUGCAGGUGCUGCCGGGGGACCAGGGGACGGUGGCUGUGGACACGGGGAUGCUGCAACAAGUGGGAGCUGGGAACACAGAGAUGCUGCAACAAGUGGGAGCUGGGAACAUGGAGAUGCUGCAACAAGUGGGAGCUGUGGACACGGGGAUGCUGCAACAAGUGGGAGCUGGGAACAUGGAGAUGCUGCAGCCCAGACCGGGGGCUGUGGAGCCACUGCAGGUCACUGAGGGCCAGGGGAUGCUGCCACCAGAGCUGAGGGACCUGGAGCUGCUGCCCAGGAGCCAGGACAUCCAGGAGCUGCUGCAGGCGCUGGAGCCGGGCUCAGGGGCGCUGGAGACGCUGGAGGCAGCAGAGCUGAUGCCAAACAUGGCAGAGAGCUUGGACGGGAGGCCCCAGCUGGCCCCUGGGCCGGCAGGUGCCUCCGUGCUCCUGGACCACCGUGACCCGUUCCUGCCGCAGCCCGAGGACUCGGCUCUGCCCGCUGUCAACUCCCUCUUCGCCUCCGCCGACUUCCCCCCGCUCCACAUCGACCCCAGCGACUUCCAGUGACUCCCCCCUUGGCCCCUCCCCUGUAAAUAAACCCCUUCCCACCCCUCC